AUGGACACGUUUCUGAUCAAAGGAGGCCUGGCUGGAGCUGCUGUGUAUGUGGCGUAUGACCAGGGGCUGCUGGGCAGUGGCACAGAAGGUGCUGAAGCAUUCAAAAAAGCUCAAGAAACGCUGCCUCCAGCUAUCCAAGAGUGGACAAAUUAUCUGGGCUGGGAGCUCCCACCCACUCCAAAAUUUGAUUUUUCCCUCUCUGACUCCUGGAAUAAAGGAGUGCACUCAGCUAUGUCUGCCCUGUCCGUAGCUCCCACCAGGGCCUGUGAAUACACAGUGGAAGGUUGGAAAUACGUGAAGGAUCUUGUGAAAUGAACCAGGGUUCUCCAGGGUUCAGGAUUCUCUCAGUCCACCCCUCUGGAGGGCAGCUCGGCCAUGUAAGGGCUACAAUAAAAGACUUUGGAACUCCCAUUUGUAUUUUGGGUUGGUUUUAGCCUGCAGAGUGGAAUAAUGGAUUUGACUUAGCAAUGACCCAAAGCUCCAGGAAUCACAGAUCAGUUGUGAUGAAGUGAUGGCAAUGUGCUGAGGAACAGCUUCUGUUCUAAAGCUUGGAAACUAAAUAGAUUAUUCUGAAGCUGAAUUAAUCUUGAGGGUGAAUGCCAUCUAAUUCAAACCAAGCCAACAAAAGUUCAAACAAAAUCAAAAAUCCAAGGUAACAGUAAAAGAUGGCCUAGGAUGAUUAUACAAGCACAGGGGAGAGUAACUGGACAAAGUUUAUCUGAAUAAAACCUUUUGUUAGCUU